AAUAUUAUCAUGAAAACCGACGCUUGUAUGUUUUCUUGAUGUUUUCGCGUAAUAAUUGCAUGAAAACCGUGCUUAAUCAUUAUUAAAACUAUAUUAAAUAAUAAGAAAGUGACUUAAAACCACUUUAAAGCAGUGUACUGUGUUUUAAAUUCAUAGCAAAAUGUCUGACAGUGACGACAAUUUAACCCAACACACCAUGUUCGAAAACGAAAACACUAUAUUACGCGGGCAAGGCUCAUUUUUCAAUCAGAGGUUCAAAAACUUGGCAUCAUCAACACAUACUUCAAUGCUACAAAAUUUCAACAGUGGAUAUGGUUUCAACCAUAGGAGUAUGCUACCUAUAAACAGGAGAGAAACAUCGCCAAUGUCUUUGAGAAGUGUGCCUGACUUUGGUCAUAAUUAUGAGAACUCUUAUUACUCAAGAGGUAGAACUUGUGAGUCUGUGACCAAUGGGAGAAGCCAAUCUCCUGGAUCUGUAGGCAGUAUGGAUUCAACCACAAGUGCAGUGUAUGUUGCACAGAUAUUUAAAAACAUGAAAUUCAAUAAAUAUGAUAAAAGGAUAAUCAAUGAAGCAUAUAAUAAGUACUUCAGACACAGAGAUAGAAGAAGAGUUAGUAAAAGGCGAAAGCUAAAACUGUUUAUAAAACAUAACCGACGCAAAUCAGAUGACUCCGGCGAUGAGGGUAGCAACUCGUCAAUGAGCAGUGAUGAUAAUAGAUCAGUGAGAUCUGCUAUACCUAAAGAAAGUGUACUCAAACCCAGUAAUAGGUCAAAUAGAGCUGAAAUAUUAAAUUUCAGGGAAACAAUGAAAAAAAGUGACAUGUAUACAGACUGUACAGAAAAUAUAAGGAAUAGUUCACUCAAAAAAUAUAUGUUUAAUGACAAUUGUACAAAACCCACCCUUAAAUUAUUAAAUAAUGUAAGAGAUGCAAGUAAGGAUUGCAGUGCAAUCAACCCUAUACCACAAGAAACUGUUAAUCGGUUUCAAAGUCAUACAGGAACACAAAGAUAUAGAUUUACUAAAGGUUUUUCAUUACCAUCAGAAAGGUUUAACAGAUCAGUCAUGAGACCGACAUCUAACAAGAACAUGCCUUAUAAUUUAGAGAAAAAAUCCCAGAAUAAUCCAAGAAGUGAUGAUUCUGAUAGUGAUGAUGAUAUUAUUCCAAAUCAAACUGUGCUAAGUGUAAAUAAUACAAGCCGGAAAAGAAUGCUCGAAAACCAAGAGACUACGAUGUUGUCAAGUGAAAAAAGAAAUAAAUUAUCCUGUGACAUACCCCUUACAAAUCCAGAUGACACUACUUUUAAGAAACCUCUGAUGCCAGUAAGAAGACCUAUCAAAUCUAAAGCUAACUUUCUUUCUGGAUCUGUUUCAUCUAAAUCUAAGUAUCCAUUACUGGGUUUCUUAUCACACUCUAUGAAUAAAAGUAAUAAUAAUUUGAAUUCAACUAAAAAACUUAAUGAAACUAUAUCUCAGCAUGUUUCUGUUCAAAAAUGUGUGGAUAAUCAGAAACCAAUUGAUAGUGAUAGUGAUGACAUUUUUACACCUAAUACAAAUACUCAAAAACAGAACCAACCUGACAAUAAGGAUAGAAAUGGCAAUAAAAUAUCUCCUCAAAAUAAAAGAAAACAAGCAACACCAGCAAAUGGUAAAAAAAGUAAAAACCAAAAGAGUCUACCUGGUAAAAGUCCCCAAGCAAAGAAUAAAGAAAAAUUGUCACCUACAGAAAAUACUACAGAAGAAAUAUUAAUUUCUAAAUCCAAGCAACCUCUAAUUGGUAAUGUUGAAGUAAUUAAUCCUGUAACAAGCAGUAACAAACUAGUAACAAAACAUACUAACAAUGAAAAGGGAAGUGGAAACAAUUCAGAUAAUCCACUCUCUGUUACUGACAUGUCUAUGAAGCCUAGCUUCAUAAAAAGAAAAUUAUUUACUCAAAAACUGGAUAUAGCUGAUGAAAAAAAUGAUAGUUUAGUAGCUAAAAGUCCGCAUCCUACAACCUACAAAUUACGAGAGAAAAACAAAGUUCGUAAAUUUGCUACGUCACAAUCCUGUCUCAGUCGCGAUAUUGCCGGUGGGGAUAAUAUGAUUCUGGAUUUGAUUCAUAAAAUUGUACCAGCCAAUCAGAUGAACAUGACCUCUGCUAAUCACAAGACAAGAAACAGUCAAGAGAACGAAGACAGGUGGGACGUAACUUCAGUUAUUUCAAUGUGUAACAAGACUGUAGAAAGUGACACAUACACCGAUGAAGAUAUAUUCCAAGAACAUGGUCCUAUAAAUAAUGAAAAGACACAAAAAAAUAAAACCAACAAAAUUUAUGAAAAACAGAAGGAGAAUGUUGAUAUACAAAAUAAUGCUGCACCUGUCCAAGAAAAUUUCUACACAAAUGAUAUUACCACAAGUGGUACUAAUAAAAGCACAGCUGCAAGAUGUGCCAAUGCAUUUUGGGAUACAGAUUUUGAAACUGACUUAGAAGACAGCAUGAGAUUGCCAACGAGAUCUCCAGCAAGAAAUAUUGUUAGAAAAAAGGAAAAGGAAGCCCAAAACAAGGAAAACAUACAAAAAAGUAAUGUAGCUGAUUCAAAGCCCAAUAAUCUACAAAAUACGAAAAAAUUAAUAACCGAUUGUAAAAUUCAGCUUGUAAAACAAAAAGAUGAUAUUAUAGUGACAAAGUUGUCUGAGAAGAAAGGUAAAUCUGUGAAAAAGGGGUCAUCCCCCAAAAAAGGCAAAUGUGUAGAGACGAAAGAAGAAAAUAAUACCAAUAAAGUUAAUAAAGAGAAUAAGUCAACUAAACUGUCACAGAAGAAUGGUAAAUCACCCCCUAAACAGGACAAACAUGCAGAAACAAAAGUGAAUAAUGCCAAAAAAGAGAGUAAGGAGAGUAAGACAAAGUCGACAGAUAAGAAAGGCGAACUUGUAAAAAAGGCAUCACCCCCAAAAAAGGAUAAGAAAGAAAAUAAAAUAAGAACUUCACCGAGAAUACCAAAGCUGGGGGUUAAAAAUGUGACUAAUAAAAAUGGUGACACAAAACUAAACAAUGAAACAAAAAGGCAACCCAAAAACAGUGCAAAAAAGGUUUUACAAGAAAAUAAAAUUAUUAGUACAAUAAAAACAAGAAAACAAAAAUCUUUUCUCAAUGAUAGCUUAAAUUCAAGCUGUGAGCGCAGUAUUUUUACGCGAAGUUUUACGUUACAAAAUAAACAAAGAUUAUUAUGACUUUCUAAUUAUAAAAACUAAAUGUACUAAGUUUUUAAACUUGUUUUAGAAUCAUAACUAAAGCAAGCAAAUUCUGUUCAUGAUACUUUCAUGAAAAGACUUGUUUUUUGUGUACAA